AUGAUACCUUCAUAUACUCAGAAAGAUGUCCCAGUCUUUGAACGUAUAUCAACUUGGGAUGAAUUCAAAGGUUAUUGCAAUAACAGCAUGGAUAGAUAUACUGUUCUUCUAUUCUGGGUAGCAUGGCAUCCCCCUUGUGAUGAUUUCAAGAAAUUAUUUCAGGAGUUUGCAAAAGGAAAGCAUCUCUCAGCUCCUGUUUAUGCUGAUGAAGAUAGUCCUAGGAUAUAUGGAAACUACUUAUGGUGAAAUACAGAGAAAAGCAAAGAAUUAUUUAAGAAUUGAAUUCAUUUUCAGACAUAUAGUAAUUCUAAGAUAGAUUAUUCUUCAUCAACUUUGAUUCCAAAGUCAAGAAGAUUUGAGACCACUAAAUAAAAUUUUGGAUAAUCCCUUUGAGACUAAAGGAGUCCCAAGCAUUGCUGUCUAUGACAUGUGUAAGUAUGGCAUUGAUGGCUUUAUAGUGCAUAGAGAAGCUACCUUGUUCGAUUGCCCAGAAGUUGACAGUUUUACAGAGUAUAUACAGAAAUUGCAUCUCCAGUAUUUCAAAGUUUUUGAAAGUACCAAAGAAGAAGCUUUUGAAAGGAUAGAUAAAAUGAUUUAAACAAUCACCUAUCUUAGCAUUUAUUAAAGGGCAUACUAGUGACUGUGAGAAUGAAUGUGCAGAACUCUGUGAGUAUUUCGAUGAUCUCAGGCUCAGAUUCAAUAGCUUUAAUGUUCUCUCAGAUCCUGAGAUAAGACAAUGGCUUAAAUAUUACACCAAGGUAAAUUCCUACCCACAAGUCUUUGUCAGAGGAAAAUUCAUUGGAGGUAUAAAUAUCAUCAAGGCAAUCAUGACUAAAGACGAGCUUCUUGAAAUUGUUCCUAAGGAAUCAGUCAAAAGAUCAGCUUUGGAAAGAAUGAAGACGAUAACUUCUAAGAAUUUUAUUACUGUGUUUAUGAAGGGAACUCCUGAUAAGCCCAAGAAUGAGUAUCAAUCUGAGUUGAUAAAUUGUCUAAAUGAUCAUAAAUUCACUUUUGGAUAUUAUGAUAUCACCCUAGAUUCAAACCUUAGAGAGCAAAUGAAGGAAUACACCGGGUGAAACUCUUACCCUCAGGUUUUCUUGAACCAGAAGUUUUAUUCUGAUUCUAGUAAUUUUAUGGAGCUACUUAAUUCAGGUAAAGCUUUGUCUAUCAUUCCUACAACUGAGAUAGUGAUGAAACCUGAAGAUAAACUAAUAAAUUUACUUUCCCAAGCGCGUAUUGUAGUACUCAUAGAAGGAGAAAAACUUGCUCCAGAAGCGAAAAGCUCAAUGGAGAUGAUUGAUUUCAUGUAUCGCUCCAAAAUACCAUGAGUGUAUGGCAAUGUUAGUUUGAAAGCCAACCCAGAACUCCGGAAAGCAGCUAUUUCAUAUUCUAAGUGGUGUGAUUUCCCUCAGAUAUACUACGAUGGUAAGCUCUUAGGUGAUCCUAUCAUUGCUAUGACUUUGCUACCAUCUCUUAACUAUGAAUAAAUGUUGAUAUUUAAGAUUUAAAAUUUUGACAAA